UGAAUUCAGAGCAAUGACUUUUUUUUGCCACACAGCGUCACAGGUUUUAUUGUCCAACAGAAAGUUCAUUUCAAAUAUUCCUAGCCACCGAGUGGUUAAUCCCAAUGUAGCUUCGUGAGAUUAAAAGACUUGAAAGUCAAAGGAGGAGGUCAGAGCUCUUAACACUGUUGCUUUUAACAAAAUGAAUGAAGGAGCCCACAUAAACAGUGUUACUUUCUGAGGUGAGUGAUGCAAUUAAAUGGAGAUGAGGGAUUAAAUGAUAAAACCCAGCUCAUGAAGAUACAUAUGAUUGACCUAGAACAAGAAAAAGGGGAAAGGAAAAUAUAAAAGGCGAUCAGACUUCCUUAUCACGUCUGCGCAGUUCAAUCGGCGCCUCGUCGUUGCAGUGAAUAUUUGUAGGAAGAGGUCCAGGGGUUAUGGCUAAACAUCAUCCUGAUUUAAUCAUGUGCCGCAAGCAGCCAGGAAUAGCGAUAGGCAGGCUAUGUGAAAAAGAUGAUGGUAAAUGCGUGAUAUGCGAUUCAUAUGUGCGUCCUUGCACUCUUGUACGGAUAUGUGAUGAGUGCAACUAUGGAUCUUUUCAAGGGCGGUGUGUAAUCUGUGGAGGGGUGGGGAUCUCAGAUGCCUACUAUUGCAAAGAGUGCACUCAGCUGGAAAAAGACAGGGAUGGGUGUCCGAAGAUAGUAAAUUUGGGUAGCGCCAAGACUGAUUUGUUCUAUGAGAGGAAGAAAUAUGGCUUCAAGAAGAGAUGAUGCUUGCUGAUUGUGGCUUUCCCCAUUUUCAUAGUCAUAUUGCUGCAUUCUUGUGAUGGGGAAAUUGUUUGACAUUGAAGUCACAUAAUUUUUUAGUUGAUAACAAAACAACGGGGUCCCUUCUUCUGAAUGCUGAUAUUCUGUAGUGUUCCUGGAAGAUUGUGGCUGUAUUUAGUUCAUGUAUAUUCAUCUUCUUGCAUUUCUUUUGUGUUGAUUGGUAAAAGAGCUGAGCUUCGUCUCGUUUUAUUACAGAAAAGUUACUAUUGAUUGAA